AUGGACUACGACAAUCCGACCACGUGGCCUGCAGGCGCUCCGGCACCAGGCUCAACGCAUUCUAGCGAGUUCCCGUACACGUUCGGAAUGUUGGCCGACUUCAACUAUACGCAAGAUGAUCUGACAGUCGAGAAAUACAUUCAAGAUGCCCUCGUGCAGUUCAUUAAAACCGGAAAUCCAUCAACGACUGCGAUGCCAUGGGCUCCACAGACUGGUUUGGUGAUAGUUAUCGCUUUUGGACGGAUUACA